AUGGCAUUAUUCACAUCUUUUUUACUUCUUUCUCUCUUCAAUCUCUUCACUACAUUGUCAUCUUCAGAGUCCGUCUCACCAAUUCUUGAUGUUUCUUCUCUCAAUCGAACCAGUUUUCCUAAAGGCUUCCUUUUUGGAACAGCUUCCUCAUCGUACCAGUAUGAAGGUGGUGCCAAAGAAGGUGGGAGAGGACCAAGUAUAUGGGACACCUUCACUCAUAAAUUUCCAGAUAAGAUACAAGAUAAGAGCAACGGAGAUGUUGCAGUUGACCAAUAUCACCACUACAAGGAAGAUAUUAACAUCAUGAGGAAUAUGAAUUUGGAUGCUUACAGAUUCUCAAUCUCUUGGUCUAGAAUUCUCCCAAAAGGACAUCUUAAUGGAGGUAUAAACCAGGAAGGAGUCAAAUAUUAUAACAAUCUCAUCAAUGAGUUAUUGGCUAAUGGUCUACAACCAUUUGUAACUCUAUUUCAUUGGGAUCUUCCUCAAACUUUAGAGGACGAGUAUGGUGGCUUCUUAAGCCCUCUCAUCGUAAAAGAUUUUAAAGAUUAUGCAGAACUUUGUUUCAAAGAGUUUGGAGAUAGGGUGAAACAUUGGAUUACUUUGAACGAGCCAUACUCUUACAGCUUGGCUGGCUAUGCAUUUGGAUUCUUUCCACCUAGUCGAUGUUCUAAAUGGUUGAAUCCAAAUUGCACCGGUGGUGAUUCCGGGAAAGAACCUUACUUAGUUUCACAUUACCAGCUUCUUGCUCAUGCCUCAGCUGUUAAUCUAUAUAAGAAGGAGUAUCAGGAAACUCAAAAGGGUGUGAUAGGAAUAACCUUGGUGUCUAAUUGGUUCAUUCCAUUUUCAGAUAGGAAAUUGGAUCAAAAUGCUGCUAAACGAGCAGUUGACUUCAUGUUUGGGUGGUUUAUGGAACCACUUACAUCAGGAAAAUAUCCACAAAGCAUGCGUUCUCUAGUUGGAAAACGGUUACCAAAAUUCUCUAAAGAGCAAGUCAGACUACUUAAAGGGUCAUUUGAUUUUCUUGGACUAAACUAUUAUACCUCUAACUAUGCUACUAAUGUGCCUCAACUUAAAAAUUCUAAAGGCAAUUACAACACAGAUUCUCUUACUAAUCUUACAACUGAACGCAACGGAAUUCCUAUAGGUCCAAAGGCAGCUUCAAAUUGGUUAUUUGUUUAUCCUAAAGGAAUUCAAGAACUGUUACUCUAUGUCAAGAAAAUGUACAACAAUCCUUUGAUUUACAUUACUGAAAAUGGUGUCGAUGAGUUUAAUGAUCCAAGACUAUCACUAGAGGAAGCUCUUAUAGAUACUUUUAGAAUCGACUAUUACCGUCGUCAUCUCUAUUAUGUCAAAUCUGCAAUCAGGAAUGGCGUAAAUAUAAAAGGAUAUUUUGCAUGGUCAUUAUUGGACAAUUUUGAAUGGUCAACAGGGUAUACAGUACGCUUUGGAAUUAAUUAUGUGGAUUACAAAAAUGGUUUGAAAAGAUAUCAAAAAUCAUCUGCAAAAUGGUUUAAAAAUUUUCUCAAAAGAUAUUAG